UCCUGCAGAUGGCGCUACACGUAUUGAACAAGGAGCAGAAGAAUUCUGCGCGAUUAGGAACAUUUAAAAAUAUAUAUAUAAAUAUAACUAGCGAUCCACAUUUCGAUUGUUGAUUAAUCUGUUAUUGAUAUUCUUAGAGAUGGCUCUUCCACCACAGCUAAAAGCCAUUCAGCACUAUCUAAGAACUGCACAGGAACACGAGAAGAGGGAUCCUGUCGUGGCUUAUUACUGUCGGCUUUAUGCCAUGCAGACGGGAAUGAAACUGGACAGCAAAACCCCAGAAUGUCGGAAGUUUCUUGUGAAACUGAUGGACCAGUUAGAAACGAUGAAGAUGGAGCUGACUGACAGUGACUCAAUCACCCAUGAAGUUGUCGGCAAUGCACACAUCGAAAACUAUGCCUUAAAAAUGUUCCUCUAUGCUGACAACGAGGAUAGGUCAGGAAGAUUCCACAAGAAUAUGAUUAAGUCCUUCUACACAUCUAGCCUUUUGUUAGAUGUCCUGUCAGUUUUCGGCGAGUUAUCGGAGGAGAACAUCCAGCACAGGAAGUAUGCGAGAUGGAAGGCCACUUACAUCCACAACUGUCUGAAGAGUGGUGAAACCCCACAGGCUGGCCCUGCUGGCUAUGAAGAGGAAACAUAUGAUGAUGAGUAUGGUGCUGAGGGUGGAGGGGGACCCUCCUCCCAGUCUGCUCAGCCCCAGGCUCCACCUCAUUCCCAGCCUGGCUUUGGGGAUCCAAACCAGGGGUCUGGGUCCAUGGGGGGUCCCUCCUACCCCCCCACCAACUACAACAAUAUCAACAUCCCCCAUGGAGCCCACUGCCCAGCCAACACACCUGCAGAGCUCCCUCCACCUACAGCAGGAGAAGCCAUUAAACCAGUGCCUGUUCCCCGAAGCAUUCCAGCGGUCGACCCCUCACUGCGGAGUGCCACUCAGGAAGGUGACGUGCGCCUCACGCCAGAGGACUACACCAGAGCUCAGAAGUACUGUAAGUACGCCGGCAGUGCCCUGCAGUACGAAGACGUGGGCACGGCGGUGCAGAAUCUGCAGAAGGCCCUGAAGUUGCUUACCACUGGCAAAGAAUGAGACCCAUUGUCCCCCGGCGUCACUGUAUCACUACAUCGCUGAUCUGGCCCAGAAGAACUGAGACCGUUACCCUAUAAUCUACAGCAACCCCAGCUGUAUCCGUCUGAAGAAAGCAAUUCUGUCCCAACAUAACGUAAACAACAAUGACAUCUGUGUCUCCAUAUUGGACUCCUGCUGUGGAGCUUCCAUCAUGGCUGUCCAUAACUAGUGAGUUGCUCACUAAAGACUUCCCGAGCCUGUAUGUUAAGACGGUGCAUUUAUCCCCUGCUAAUAUACUCCUUAUAGUAGUUUUCACGAACAACCUAUUCACUGUAUUUUGAUAACACUUUUGUAUGCAUGCACGUUUUGGGAACGUACUCAUGUUGCAGUUCAAAAAAUACCACAUUUCUCAUCAAUUUUACAUACAGUAAAGUAGCCCAAUGCUUCAAGUAGACAGUAGAUAUAAUCCCCUAUUUUCAGGCGACAUUGAUCUGCCCUUUUACAGUGUUUUCAAUAUAGUAUCUAUUUGCCUUGUUUUCUCGGGUGAAAGGACUGUCGUUUCUGCAUCAACACAUUUUAAAUAAAAUGUGUAAAUUGA